GCGCUGUGUGCCCUGUUACCGAUGCACUGACCUGUGACAAGGCGUCCGCGGUGCGUCGGUACCGAAGCUUGAAUCCACAAGGUAUUUCAGAGCGUGUGAAUGCCUACGACAUCCCGUUCAACGCUGGAUUACUCUUUUGAGGCAGCAGUGGACUAAUGUUGCGUUGAUCAGCGUGUGGUUAACACAAUCCAUGUCCAACCGGCUGACUCGUAUGUGUUCAUUAUUAGCCCCAGUCACUCUGUUGUUAGCUUUAGCGAUCACUCCUGUCUCAGCAAACUCAAAAGCAUACGAUAAAAUAUGUAUGCCUUCCAACAGCCCGGAAUUACCACCAAGAGUGUACCCAAUACCGCUGGUGAGAAAAACGUUCGAUCAGAUUGUGGAGGCCACUAGUCGGGUGAACAAAAGACGCCGCCAGUAUGCGAUGUUACAACCCAAAGGAAAGAAUUAUCGAUAUGUGCAGGAAAUUUUACUGGGUCUUCAGUUGGAUGCUUUAGGUGACGAAACGUUGGCUGAAGUUCUACCAGCUAUUGAUAUAGCCCUGGAUACGAUCCAGGAAUCGUCUGCCUACAGUGGGAUUACUUUUACAACAGUGCCUAUCCUUCAUAUGACUUCCGUUGGUUGUGAUUCGCUAGCCGUGUUAUCGAAGUUCGACAAUAGGGAAAUUCACGUGUUAUUCGGGCCGCUGAAUGACUUCAGCAUUGCAAAUGUAGCCCGAUUCAGUAGUUCCGUGUACAAAAUCCCGAUCGUCACUCCUGCUGGCUUUGCCCAUCAGCUGAAGGAUAAGUAUGAAUAUGAGAUGCUCACUCGAGUUUUUCUCACCUAUUCCGACCUGGCAUGGGUCAUUAAUGCGACCCUGAGACAGUUUGGUUGGACCCCGGAAUCUCUGACACCGAUCGGAAUCUAUGGGGCACGGAAUCAACGAAGCCUUUCGAGUGGUGGACAUAAUCCUCUGCUUGGUGUCUUUCAAAUGCAGAGUCUGCAAAACUUUUUGGUGAAGGAGGGUUUCAAGAUGUUCCAGGUUGUCACAGAAGAGUAUGAACAGGCAGUGGAACAAUAUUUGAAACGAUUACCGAAAAAUGUUCGAAUUUCCAUUCUGUGCGCGGAUCCGACGUCUGUCCGUUACAUAAUGCUGAAGGCUCAUGAACUCGGUUUUACUAAUGGAGAAUAUGUAUUCAUCUCGGUGGAUCUAUUCGGCCCAGAAAAACGAAUGAAGCGGCCUUGGUAUCAGGAGGACUCUACUCGAGAGGAGAACGAGAGAGCUCGUGAAGCCUAUCGAUCGCUGAUGGUCAUAUCUCUACGUCGAGUGGAAUCCGAGGCCUACCGGCUGUUUUCCGACAAUGUACGAGCUCGGGCACUUCGGGAUUAUAACACUGAGUACAACGUACCUGUCGUUCCCGUUACCGUCGGGCUGUUCCACGAUUCUGUGAAGUUGUACACCAUCGCAUUGGACGACGCCUUGUCCAGUGGAGUAAGGAUUGAUGACGGGGUCAAUAUCACACGUUUGAUGCGAAGCCGUACCUUCGAGGGAAUCACCGGCAUUAUACGGAUCGAUUCGAACGGAGACCGCAAUGCAGACUAUUCUCUGCUAGAUCUGGACCCUGCAUCAAACACAUUCGAGCCUGUUGCCGACUAUUUUGCUAUCAACUACUCGAUUCGUAUGAUUCCCGGAAAGACAAUUGACUGGGCGAAUCAGAAGAACCUUCCACCGCCGGGAGUACCAGUCUGUGGAUUCGACGGGAACAAAUGCCAGCAUAGUCAUGUUUUAGUCGUCAUUGCUUCUGGAACCGCCUUGUUUGCUGUAUUCCUCAUUGUUGGGAUCAGUUUGGGUGUCUACUUCUACAGACGAGCUGAGCUGCAAGCCAUCAGCUGGAUUAUCGAUUGGUGUGAUUUAGAAUUUCCAAACAAAACCCCCCCACCUUCGGAAGUCAAGCCAUCGGUGGAUGAGACUGAUCCACGCAAGCUCCCAGAUCAAUCAUGUUGCACAGGGUCCGCUUUACCGCCCGACACCAUAUCACCCGCGGUCGAUACAGCCGCUCCCUUGGGAACUCCUCCCCCUACAGAUGUACGUUUCUUCAUCAACAAUGAGGCAUCCCCAUCGAAACCACGGCGUCGGUCGUUCUUCACCGGAAAGAGCGUUUCAAUUUCCUCCGGCGGUGUCCACAAUUCAGCGGAAAAACGAAAGAGUGCUAUUAAAUUUAGUACCAAAACGCAUUUUGAACCGAUGGUUCAACCCGAACGUGAGCGUGCUCAGGAACAACAGCAGAUCACAGCCGAACCGUCAGACGAACCGAGCAUGAUGCAUCCGAGUGCGGUCAAACGAUUCCAACAACGCUGGGCUCGUCGCAGUCGAAUCACAGAAGAUUCACCGACCUUCGCUAACGAGUCCAGUGGGACAGCCAGUGCGCCAAUGCUCAUGUAUCGCAGUGGAGCACGUGCUCAAACAGAAAAUGUCUAUGUGAAGAAUCCUUCUUUUGAUUACUCGUCUGUCGUUUCGAAGCAUCGACCUUUUGGGGGUCGGCGGAAGACGGAUUACGGGGAAUUUGAUCCUUCAGUGUUGUUUGAGAACACAACGGGAAGACGAAAAAAGGAUUCACAGGCGUCUGGUUUCAGCACGGAAAUGUUGAUGAGCUUAUACGCAGCAAAGUUCCAGGGUACCUGUGCCAUGUACAAAGGUAGCAAGGUCUAUUUGAAACCGGCGCGAAGACAGCAUCGUAUCGAGUCAAACAAGGAAACUGCAGUCGAAGUGAACAAGAUAAAGGACCUGAACAAUGACCACAUAUGUCGGCUCAUCGGUGUCUGUCUGGAACCUUCUCGGCAGUAUUUUGUGAUGGAAUAUUGCCCGAAAGGGAGUCUGUACGAUUUUCUGAAAAAUGAACGAUUCACGAUGGACUGGCUUUUCAAAUUGUCUUUGAUGCAGGAUAUUUGUCGGGGGAUGACCUACCUUCACCAGCUGCUAGUUCCUCACGGCUACCUGAAAAGUUCCAACUGCCUUCUGGAUUCCCGAUUCGCCGUCAAGUUGACCGAUUUCGGGCUUCCACGCAUUCGGGGCGCAAACGCACAAAAGUUUGAAUUUGGCACUGCGCCGUACUAUUAUAAUCUGUUGUGGACCGCACCCGAGUUACUGCCGACCAAAGAUGGAGAAGUUCCCAAGGCCACUUUCAAGGGUGAUGUCUACGCGUACGCGAUCAUUUGUCAAGAACUCAUCUACCGGAAAGGACCAUUCUACAUCGAGGAAGAAAACCAACCUCCUGCGGCGACCAUCAUCGCCGCUGUGGAAGAACGUCAGAUCCCCAGCUAUCGACCCGUUUUACAGGUUCAAGAAGAAGGCUCCGAGGCAGUGAUCCAAAUGAUUCGGCGUGCUUGGGACGAUGAUCCGAAUAAGCGCCCGGAUUUUCGAGCGAUCGGGAAGAUUGUUGGCUCUGAUUCCUCGGAGAACCUGAUUGAUAAUUUGGUCGAACGCAUGCAGAAUAUCACGACCAACUUGGAACAAAUGGUCGAUAAACGUACAGAACAAUAUAUGGACGAGAAGAAGAGGGCCGAGGAUUUGCUCUAUUCGAUGUUGCCCAAGGCCGUCGCUAGUCAGCUGAUUAAGAAACACACGGUGGAAGCAGAGAGUUUCGAAAUGGUGACGAUCUAUUUCAGUGAUAUCGUUGGCUUCACUGCGCUUUCUGCAGGUUCAACGCCGAUGGAGGUUGUGAAUCUGCUCAACGCACUGUACACUCUGUUCGAUGGAAUCAUUGACAACUUCCGUGUGUACAAGGUGGAGACCAUCGGCGAUGCGUACAUGGUUGCCUCUGGCCUGCCAAAGCGAAUCGGGAACGAACAUGCGCGAGAGAUUGCCCGAAUGUCUAUCGCGUUCCUUAAAGCCAUCUUCGAAUUCCAAAUCCCACAUCGUCCUCAUCAACGACUCGAACUGAGGAUCGGGGUUCAUUCAGGUAGGUGUUUGUGUAUUCGUGUUAGUCUAACACGUUCUUGUAUCUUGUAUUUCAUUCUCGCUGAAAGUCCCAGGCUGUUUGAAUGUACAGACUAUUCAUCGGAAUCUAGCAACUACUCGCUAUAG